AGAGUCCUGAAGCCUGGAGUCACUGAUUGGCUGUGCUGAGGAGUCCUGAGCCUAAAGCCUUUGUUUGACACUGCUUGCAAUAGGAGGUCCAUACUCUGUGUCCAUAUCAGACGAAAGACUCUGAGCCUCUAGUUCCUGCAAUGUGUGAGAAGUGGGAAUUCCCAAAACAUGAGUAGAAAACAAUGUCUCUCAUUGAGUUACAAGGUUCUUUCUGACUCAAGAUCUAUCAGAAUGAGCAUCUACAACCCAACCACACUCCAAGAGCUGGCAGUGCAGAGCCUGCUGAGGAAUGAGGCCUCAACCAUCUCUACUCUGGAGUACCUGCCCAUUAAUCUCUUCCUACCAGUAUUCAAGGAGGGCUACACUGGUAGGCACAUGGAGCUAUUGAAGGAAAUGGUGGCUGCCUGGCCAUUUUGCUACCUUCCUGUGGGGGCCCUGAUGAAGACACCAGAUGUGGAGUUGUUGCAAGCUGUUCUGGAUGGUGUAGAUAUUCUGCAGACACAGAAGCUUCAUCCAAGAUGUUGGAGGCUUCAAGUACUUGACUUGAGGAAUGUGAACCAGGAUUUCUGGGAUGUAUGGCCUGGCAGAGACUGGUACUGCUCAACAGAGACAGAAAGUAAUACAGGAGUAUGCAACAAGCUGAGGUGGGAUUUGAAUGUGGUCACUGACCUUAGCCUCAGGUUCCACCUUAAAGAAGACCAAACAUGCUUGUUGCAGUGGGCUCAGCAGAGGAAACACUGUGUGCAGCUGUGCUGUGUGAAGAUGACGAUUUGUGACUUUCCUGGAGAGAUUCUCAAGGAGGUUUUGGACAUUUUCCCGCCAGACAAUAUCCAGGAAUUGGAGCUAUCCACAAACCAGGUUCUGCCCUUCCUGGGUCACAUUGCACCUCACCUAGGCCUUAUGACAGGACUUCGGAAAUGCCGUCUAACUCACAUCUUCUUGAACUCAAACACGGUUGUAAAUAGCUUGGCAGAAACAGAGGAGAUGUGUGCUGCCCAGUUUCUCUCUCAGUUCUGCAAACUCAACUCUCUCAAACAUCUAUUCUUGGAUGGCAUCUACUUUCCCCCUGGACUCAUGCAGCUGUUGUUCGGAUGCAUGAAGAGCUCUUUGGAGACCUUGACAAUCACUGUCUGCCAUCUCUCCCAGUCAGGCUUUAAAUACUUGUCACAGUGUCAGGGGCUCUGUCAACUGAAACACCUGAAUCUCAGUGGUUUAGUAUUGUCCAUGUUGGGUAUCAAACAUCUCCGAGUUCUCCUUGAGAAUACAGCAGAGACUUUGAAGACCCUGGAGUUAGUGAACUGCAGGAUGGAGGACUAUGAGCUCAAUGCCCUCUUGCCUGCUCUUAGUCAGUGCACACAGCUCACAACAGUGAAUUUCUAUGACAAUGACUUCACCACUGCUGCACUGAAGAAGUUUCUACAGAGUGUGGCAAAUCUAAGAAAAAUAACUGUAGAGUUCUACCCCACCCCUCUAGAGUGCUAUGACCCCCUGGGUUCUGUCCUUGUGGAGAAAUUUGCUCAAGUAUGUUCUGAGCUCCUGGAUAUACUUUUGGUCAAAAGGUAGCCCAAGACUAUAGCUUUUGCUACAGUCAUCUGCCUUGAAUGCUGUAGGCGCUGUGUUUAUGACAUGGAGGCCAAACUUUGUCAGUGUUGGCAAUAAAUAGGAAAAGAUUGCUUCUGGAUACUGAGAAAUGAAAGUCUAAUGUUUGGAUUUGCAUCAUGGAGUCCCAGAAAACAUGACUUCAUACACUGUGUCAUGUAUUGGAAACAAAAUAUUGUUCAGGGUAUACACACCAUAGACCCAAGGAUAAUGGGAGCACAGUGAUACUGGUCUUGUCCAAUCAGAAAGGCAAUUUUGCAUUUCUACCUCUGCCUCUCUCAAAACAGGAUCACCACUGACUUGCCCACAUGUGACAGUUUUAAACAUAUGAUCAGACUAGGAAUCUGGAUGUUCUUCCCUUGUGUCCUGAGUUAUUAAUCUCAGCAUUAGGUCAUAGGCAAGGUGUUCUGUGACCACAUGAAGUAUGCACAAAGACUUAUCGUCCAUGGCUUGCCACCAACAAUAUGAACUGCAGUCAUUUAUGGUAUUGUCUUUCCCCUCUUAACUUCCCACCCUAUGGCUAUUUAGUGGAUUGUUUGUAUAGACUUAUGAAACUGAACACAGAAGUGUAGCCCUGGUCUCCGUUGAAGAUGAUUUUGGAGAAACACAGAAGAUUGCAUCCCAGGAUACUCAGAUAGGAGGUGCUGGGCACCCCUUGAACAUUAGCCUUGCCUAGAAACCUGACUGACCUGAGACCCGGUUGUUAACUGUUUGGUUGUAAGUUCUGACUUAUUUGCUAAGAGAGUAUCCAAGACAGCUAUUUCAUUGUAUCAGAGAGCAUUAAGAUAAAUUUUAUUCCUCUGUAUUUCCAUUGGUCUUCAUUAAUAAACCAAAUCCCCCUUUUCCC